AUGCUCUCACGUGUUGCUUCAGUGAAGGCACCCCGCACACACAACCGUCGCCGCGUGACUGGAUCCAGCGGAAUGAGGAGGGAAGGAGGAGAGAGUGAGCCGCAGAGACCCAGCAUGUCCCGGCAUGUGUUUGCUUCCGCGGUGCUGCUGCUCCUCGUCACGACGAUGUGCUGCGCCACCUGUGGAGCUGCGCCUGCAAAGGAGAAUGAUGGCAACAGUGAUUUAAGAAGUAUUCAGGAGCUGCAAUGGGUCGAUCUAUUUGUGCCGCAGACGACGCUGGUGCUGCCGGAAGGUGGAGGUACUUUGGGGACGAAGUGGGAUUCAUUUGUUUCACCCUCUCUUGUCAGUGCUGGUGGAGUAAUUGCUGCUUUUGCCGAAGGUUACGUGUAUGGCCAAUAUGACACUAAAUAUGUAUUAAUUAAGAACUAUUCUUCUGAAGUUGUUGCGGAGUACAUCGACUCUUCGUGGGAUUGGUCCACUCUUGUUGAAAAGGUGAAUGAAAGUACAUGGAAGGCACAAAGCGUGCUUGGUACAACGGAUGGAACGAAUAAUCGUGUGGGUAUUUUACUCAAUCCAACAACAACGACGAAGGACAAUAAGGUGUUUCUUCUUGCGGGAAGCGCUGAUGUGCACUAUGAAAGUGGUGGGAAAUGGAAAGAGGGCAAAUUCGAACUAAAACUGGUUGUGGGUGAAGCACAAAGCCUUCUGCGGGCGAAGGGCCAAGUGGAUGGAUUAAAUGGGGCGAAAUCAAGUCUCCGUUCAACGAGAGU